AUGCGACGGGGCUGGGAGGAUGAGCAGCAGCAGCAGCCCCUGCUGCUGGCCGCCCUUGGCCCUGAUAUCAACAGCAGCCAUGAUGACAGUACGAAAAAGGAAGGAGAAAGAGCCACGAGCUUCGUUAGCGAGCACGUUGAAAGUUGCGACAUGAGGCGGUCGACAACAUGCCGGAUCUACUAUCGAAAUAGAAUAGCGACAGUCUCGGUGAGACACCGCGUCCGACGUGCUCGUUUCACGUGGCAGAACUUGCCUUUUUGCCACGACUGGACGACGAAGGAGGUCGUGGCUUCCUCGACGACUCCUUUUGUAUCGUCGAAACAGAUGCUGGACAAAGAUCGUGGGUGGGGAGGUCGAUCCAUCGGUCCUCCCGUUUUUGCACUGCCCCAGGACACCGAAAGCCGGCCACGUCCACUCCACGUGAUGUUUACUCGGCAAGUUCAAGACUGA